UCUCUCUGGGAGGUUUGGAUUGCAGUUUGGAGCUGUGCAACCUCAACAGAAUAUGGAUUAUGGAUUGAAGUACAGAUCAGCUUGUGUGGUGUCUGAAGGCGUCUAACAGUAGGAAUUUCUUAUGAAAGGACGGUGGCAGUACGCAGAUUAAGUGCGUGUUUAGAAAAUGUCCCCAGAGCAGGCCAGGCUGUCUGCAGAAGGAUCCUUGACAUGUUUGGCAUGGACCCCAUCAUGCCAAAUGUUGCCAACAAAUGUUGCUGUAGUCUGCCUGCCAGAGGAGGAGAGCCACUCAAUCUCAUUACGGGCUGUGCUUAGCGGCAGGUUUGCUCCUAACAGUCAUGAAUUGUUUCCUUAAUUUUCAUGGCACAGAAAUAUUUUGGGAUUAGCAGCUGAUAAAUAUUGGGGACGGUUGGUGUUUUGUGGGCAGGCCUGUUUCUGCAGUAGCCAUCCGCCGCUUUGCCUUGGAUUUCCUACGGACUGUCACAGGAUCCUCCGAGUUACCCCUGGGUCUGUUCCCUCUCUUCUGUCUCUCCCUGGCAGCACGUGCUCUGGUUUUCUCUGCGGGCUAUUUUCAGUCUGCCUGUUUAUCAGUUGGUUUUACCCAUCCCUUCUGCCUCAGAAAGGACGAUUUUCUUGGCCUGUUCUGGUGCUGCUUUCCGUUAACCAGCUCUUUUGCAUAUGAAUACAUGUCCACGCACAUCUUUGUAAAAAGUUAUUUUUGCACUUGGCUCUAGAUUAAUGAUUUUUCUGUAUUUUGUGGGUUAUAUCAAAUAGCUUCGUGUCUAGGCAAAUGGAGCUACAGUGCCACUGAAAAGUGAGGAUCAAUUUCUGUUCAUUCCCUACUUCUUGUAAAGAACCACUCACAAGGUUUUUAACACCAGUGGUGUCUGUUGAAGAGAAAGGGGCUUUUUCUGGUGGGUGCCUCAAGCAGCUGAGCUCGUGAAAGGAGCAGAACACAUUUUCCUGGUGAAUUGCAGCUGGUUCCUCAACUCAAAACAAAUGGCUGCUGAUCUGAACCGAUUAAAUACAAAGAUACAGGCAUUUGUACGGACUUGAAGGAGCUAUUGCUGUUGUAAGCUGGUGUUAGAGCCUUAACGAGCCGUUGUUUUCCUGCACGGAGCCAUUGGCUUCCACCAGGGCAGUGACUCAAAGUCAAUGUGCCUUUCUUAAAAGGUUUAUCGAAGUUCUUAGGUAUACCCUGAGGAUCUCACUGUUUCCACAGGGGUUUGGUUGCAUGGUAUGAUCAUAAAUAACUUGGGGAAUGAGAUGAACAGUGUCUUGUCGAUACGAAGGCAUUCAAGAAAGUAAGGCUUAGGUAAUAAAAUGGCAGAUAUAAUUAAACGUAGAGAAAUGUGGUAUGAUUCAGAGGAGAUGGCUGUAUUGUAUUCAAAUACAAAACGAUGGGCUGACCCUUACGGCUGAAGAAUGAAGCAUUGCUGCAGAAGUCAGCUGAGCAGUGAACAAAAAGCAGGUCAAGUGUUAAGAAGUGUUAGAAAGGAAAUAGAGGACAAACCAGAACAUAAUUAUGGAGCUGUAUAAAUCAGUGCUGCUCCCACACUUUGAAUUCUGUGCAGUUCUUUCUUGUCAUUCAUCUCCGAAGGUAAAAAAAAGAAUUGAAGAAACCUCAAAGAGAAGCAGUGAGAAUAAUCAAAGAGAUGGAGUGGGUGCUGCACAAGGGUCAGGGAGAUGAACUGCAUCUCUUCCCGGAGAAGGAGCAUCUAAAAGAGAAUGGGGAGAAAUGUACAGAAUAAUGAGCAGCAUGGGCAGGGUGUGUGAGAAUAGACUUAACGCCUUCUGAAGAUGCAAGAAUGAAGGAGCGUCACCUGAAACUGGGAGGAUCCGGGUUUAGGACAGAGAAGGGAGGUGCCUCUUUGUGUAACACACAGCAGCCAGAUGGAGUUUCUCCUCAAAGGAUGUUCAAAAUGUCUGGAACUGAUGAUUUUUCGUUGGCAGAUGCUUUACCAGAUCAGUCGCCUGCUAAAACCUCCAAAGUGAGCAGCACGAAACCCGGCCAGCAGCCUGGUCAGCCGCCGCAGGGCUGGCCGGCGUCGAACCCCUGGAACAACCCGAGCGCUCCCCCUGCGGGGCCGGCCGGACUGCCGCCAAACACGUCUGCUUCCAGCGUGCCGUUCGGACCUCCGCCAACAGGAAUGUAUCCUUCAAUGCCCCCUGGACCGCCUGCUCCAUUUCCUCCUCCUCCUACCGGACCCUCUUGCCCUCCUCCUGGAGGUCCAUAUCCGCCCCCAACUGUGCCAGGUCCUGUCCCACCAGGGCAGUAUCCUCCACCAAAUAUGCCCUUUCCAGAGCUUCCAAGACCUUAUGGUGGUCCAACAGAGCCAGCUGCACCUCCGGCUCCUGUUGGGCCCUGGGGAUCCAUGCCCUCUGGAGCAUGGGGACCAACAAUGGGAGGGCAGUAUCCUGCACCUAGCAUGCCAUAUCCACCCCCAGGGCCAUAUUCUGCUCCUACCCAGACUCCAGGGGCUGCGCCAACAGUACCAUGGGGUACGGUUCCACCCGGAACAUGGGGACCUUCACCGCCAGGUCCAUUUCCUCCACCCACAGGAUCAUAUCCGGCUCCAGGACUCUAUCCUACGCCCCCUAAUCCUUUUCAAGUGCCAUCUGGUCCUGCUGGUGCUCCGUCAAUGCCUGGUGGUCCCCAUCCUUACCGUUGAAUACAUUCUGGGCAACAAAGUACUGUAGCUUUCCACCUUCAUCCACUACUUACAGAGAUUUUUACAGUUUUUGUUUCAGUAAUGUUUGGGGCUAUGAAGAAUACUUGCCUCUUGUAUGUGCAUUUGAGGUAUGAAGGAGCAAUUUGCCUAAGUUUAACUUGCUCAUAUGCUAGCGUAACUGUUUGGUUUAACAAAAUGAGUGUCAAAGAGCAGAAAUAAAAAUAAAUGUGUGGUUCUUGCUUUGGCAAAUACUCCUUGGAAAAAUUGGAGUUGCCAAGUAAGGAUUAUAAAGAAUCAGGCCCAAGGACUUAAACAUUCUUAAAUUUCCAUGAACGCUUUAAGUCUUGUUGCCAGACGUUGUGCUGGUUAUUGAACGGAUGGAUAGUCAUAUCUUGUCUAUUUUCAGGUUAUUCUAAAAUGUCAAUAAAGAGUAUUCCAAGAUUUUUGUCAAGAAAUCUGAUUUUUGAACAUGCUACAGUAAUUCAAACUAAAGAGAGAGACAGAGCGUGUGAACUUGAAGGCUUUCUCAGCAUUUUGUAUAUACUCAAAACAAUUGCUCAGUCCGGGACUACGGGAGAGAAGAUCCGCAUUUGAAAUUCUUGGUCUGGCUUGUCAGCACACUGUUCAUGUUCACAAACAGGCAUUUAUGUGCAAACGAAAUAACCUGGAUGUGCAGUUAACUUUGAAUCAACCAAUGUGAGUUUCAUGCAUGCAAAUGGGGACAUCAUUUUGCCAAUUCUCAUUCUGUGGUGGUUGGAAGUUUGGCUUGGUCGAUGUAAAGAGAAAUCGAUUCCCACUUAGGUAAGGUACUUCCCCGUUUCUAACCUGGGUUCUAGUCAUUUAAAAUUUGUCUGCCGGGUUGUGUAAACUCAGCAGAUGUUUUCAGAGUCCCUGAACACUCAACUUGAGCUUAAAGGAUCAAAAACUCAGUCUGGCAAUUCCCUUCCCGGCAGUUUUUGGCUUGACAUUUCGUUGUGUCAGCUACAAAGAUCCUUUGUGCCAUACUUAUUGCCACAGCUGGGAACAAGCAGGUCUCCUUGGGGCUCCAUUGAACGUGGUAAUGGAGAAGAGUCCUCUGUUCUCAGCUCGGUGUCUGCAUACCUCACUGAGUAAGCGUAAUCUGGGAGUCACUGAAUGUCUCGAAGCCUGUGCACUGCUGUGUAGCUGCCCCUCCUCCGGAGGGACGCUGCAGUAAGUUUUUGUAUUCCUGCCAUAUCCGUGCAAAGAGCAUGCUGGGGGUUCACUGCAAUGUGAGCGUAGCGUUACCGAGGCACAGCCACGUGUCAGUGAGGAGCUCUGGAAAUUGUUGUGGUACUUCAUAGCCUAGAUUUGACCAUGGGUGGUUUGUUUUCUCCCCAGCUGGGGAGAUCCUAACUUAGCCUCUGUAGGUAGAAUUAGGAACAUUUUGCUUAACAUGGUAGCUCAUUAGGGAGUCUUUGUGUCGUGGAACUGUGAAAGCAAGUUAAUUCUCUUCCCAUACCUUAUCAUGGCUUCCUGCAUGCAUAGGAUGGACUUCUUAAAAACAAGUGGGGUGACCUGGUGGUGAUGCUUGUUAGUUGUCUUAGCCUCUACGGCAAAGUUCUGCAACAUGUUUUGCAGAGGGAAGAAGUCAGCCAUGGCUGUUUGAAACUGUCAUGAAAAUUAAUAGCAAAGGUACAUGUAUUUUUAAAUUAUUUUAGGAAGACACUACUGGAACUGAACCAAAACGCUUAACAUUUCAGCUUAAAACCUAGCGUCUGUAACCCUAGGAAUCGGAACCAAAAGAGCAAGUCUUUAUUAACCUUAAAUAAGCCCCCUUUGCCUCCCAAACAACAGCCUUGGCUUUGAUCUCGGCAAGACUGAUUAAAAAUAAACACGGUAGAACACUGCCUACAUUUGCUCAAGUGCUUUUUUUUUUUAAAUACCUCCAGCCUUAGAUGAUAAAUCGAUGUAGUGAAGAACAGUUACUCCAAACAAAUGGAUCAUGGUGGCAGCACUCCAUUUCAAAAUUGCACUGGUCACGUGUCUGCAGGGAAUGGGAAGAGGUAGGAAAGGAUUAAGCAAAUGUAGCAAGUACUGACUCUUGGAAAGGGGAUUUGUGAAAGUAACUAGACUUCUAGGUUCUUCCUGAAGUAGACAGGAUUUAUUACUGGAACAUUUAGGCUAAAACUCAGUAUAUAUGGGAUGUUUUUCAAUGUAUAUUCGUAUUUCUUGAGGUCAUGAAACCUGUUUCAUAACCCCUUUGUUUUUGUGAGCAGAGUUCUUUGCAUAGCAGUGAAAAGGGUAUACCUGUUAAUCUAUUGUGUAAAAACUCCAGUUGUCACUAUAUACCGUGUAGUAACUUUAUCACAUGUUAUGUCAAGUGUGAGCAACUUCUGGCCUGAAGCUUUUGCAAUGGAAUUUGUACAUUUCUAUGCAUCACUUGAGUUAAAUUGCUGAGAAGUUUGUUUUUGACUUGUGCUUUGAGAUCGACAUACUGCAUUUGUUUACAAUAUGAAAUAUAAGCAAUCACAUCUUUAAAGUAUAGAUUAUCACCUGCUGCUGUAUUUUCUUUAGAUGAAACAAAUAUUGCUGUAUGAUAGUGAGAAGCUAUAAAUACAGGAUUUGAUAUUUUUUUGAAAAUGCUGUCACUUUUGUAUAAGAUUAGACAUUAAACGUAUUUUCAAGACUGUCGUGUUCACUGUUUUUCAAUUACAGCUUUUGACAUGCUUGUGUAGACUUUUGCCUUGAAUGAAUAGUAAAAACAGGACAUCCUUGACUUGCAAAGACUGAAUAUAAAAUCAGAAUUAUUUGA